AUGGGCUUCGGCGGCGUGUGCGCGCAGCGGGAUCUCAUAAUGUUCCACGUUUCUCAGGCCGAAUGCUGCCUUGGGAUGCACGCCGACAUGCUGCCGCAGACUCCCGCAGAGCGAACGGACAUCCGAUUCGACCAACGACCCUCGACUAACCUUGGGAAGGCUCAUGCUAUUCCUCCUCUCUACCUCCGUGGAAUCGUCGUCAAGUGA